AUGAUGGAUACUUUACCAUCUACAACAACAACUACAACUACGACAUCUGUAGAUAAUGAUACAUUUACCAUUAAAACAGAAGUACCUAUUACCAUUAUACCAACACCUAAACAUGAUACUUCUGCAGCCUAUGCAAAGAGUCAAGACGACUUUUCAAGUAGUGUAUUUGACCAAAUAGUGACAGCUAUCAAACUGAACAACUCCAACAUGUUACAGCAGAUAGUCAACAAGGAUCAACAAGGUUUUAGAGCUGCUGUCAAUGACUAUGACUCUAAAGGAAAGACACCUCUCUACAUUGCAACACAAGAUAAAUGUUAUACAGAAUUGGUUCUAUUACUAUUGGAACAAGGUGCCAAUGUUAAUAAACAAGUUAAUCUCUCAGAUAGUGAAAAUACUACUACUACUACUACUACCUCUACUUCUACUUCGACAACAAUUGUAACACCAACAACACCGUUUUCAUUGGAUGGAUAUAGUAAACCAGCCAAUCGAGAAUCGGUAAUACAUUUGGUUGCUAGAUCGGGUGAUUCCGAUUUAUUGACACUUUUCAUUGAACACAAGGCAGACCGUGAUGUAUUGGAUUCAGUCAAUCGUACUCCAAUCAUGUUGGCUGCUGCCAAUGGUAAAACUGAAUGUGCAAGAUUAUUGGUAUUAUCAACAAUUAAUUUAACAUUGAUUGAUUUAUAUCAAAAGACAGCAUUACAUUUGGCAUUGGAUUUUGGUAAUGAAGAUAUUGCAGGAACUAUAACUCACAACGGAGGUGAUUUAACCGUUAGAUAUCAUUACAAACCUGCGACACAGAAAGGAAAACAACGUAUUGUUACACAAACAUUGUCGGGUGAUCCAAGUGGUCUCCCAGAGAUUGCUAUCAUUGGACAAUUGGAUCGUUAUGGACAUAUUCGUCGUGACUCUCAAGCUCUUAAAGAAACACAGUUGUUACAAUCAAUCCAAGAACAAACAGAUGACUUGGCUGCAGACCAAGAGGAACCAGCAGAAUUGACACGUGAACAAAUAGAAUUGGAAUUGAGUAGAGCUGCCAAAUGGUGUAGAAUGAUGAAGAAUUGGGUACCUGGUAAAAAGAGACCAAGUAAAGUUGAUUCUAGAGCAAUCAAGGGUAUACCAGACCGUGUGCGUGGACAAGCUUGGAGAUUAUUGUCAGAGAGUGAUUUGAUGCUUCAAAAGAACAAGACACUCUACGAAUCACUUUUAGAACAAUCGUCACAGAGUGAGUUGGUCAUUGACUUGGAUGUCAAUCGUGCCAGCAGAAACCAUAUUUACUUUAGAGAACGUUAUGGACAAGGUCAAAUAUCAUUGUUUAACGUACUCAAAGCAUACAGCAACUAUGACCAAGAGAUUGGCUAUACACAGGGUAUGAGUUCAAUCGCAACCCUCCUAGUCAUGUACCUGCCAGAGAAUGAAGCAUUUUGGACAAUGGAAAGAAUCAUGAACAAACCAGAAUAUGGAAUGCGUGAUCUCUUUACAUCUGGUCUACCAAAAGUACAUCAAAUGAUGUAUGUCUAUGAUAGAUUAUUAGAACAACAUGUACCUUUGGUUUAUAAACAUUUUGAAUCAAUGAGUAUAGCAUCAGUAAUUUAUGCAACAAAAUGGUUUAUUAUUUGUUUCUUGGAUACAUUGCCAUUUUCAAUAUGUCUUAGAUUGUGGGACCUUAUAUUUAGUAAGGGGUACAAUAUAGUGUAUUCUGUUGCCAUUACAUUGAUUAAAAUGAAUGAAAGAAAUCUACUCGACAAACCUUUUGAAGAUUGUUUCCAAGUUUUCAAGAGUAUUGAAGAUAUGAAACUGAAUGAAGAUACAUUCAUUGCCAUGGUCAUGAAAAAUAAGUUUAGUUCUAAAAAAAUUGAAGCCUUGGAGAAAAGUAAUAAUUAA